CUGGCCUUGUACGUCGUCCUCGUGUUAGUUUGCUUCCCCUUCGAGAUACCCCCCCCACUGCUUUUGGGCCUUUUGCGCCUUGUUUUCAUUGGAGUUUGAGGUGUCUACGUGGUGCUUUUCCUUGCCCGUAUCUUGUGCUAGUCAUCUCUCAUCUUGCUUCAUUUCUUGAUGCUCAGCAAUGACUUCGUUUCUUUACAACCACUUGACGUCGCAAUGGGAUCCAAUUGAAGCCGUCGACGUACCUCCCAACGUGUACCGCGUCCCCAACCUGCCCGGCGACGAGGAGCAGUACCUGGAGAUCCCCGCCACCAAAGCCCACGAUCCUAGGAUCCUUCGUACGCUCGCUAGGUUCAGACCUCCGCUCGCAGAAUCGAACGGCAACGGUGUUCCGCUGCCGACUUCGUUGAAAAGCAAUGGUACAAGGAAGCGCUCCAUGUACGACGCCGACGCCCACGCCCAGGCGAGCAACGGUCGCAAGAAGCUGGACUGCGAUCAGGUGCGCGCAAAAAUAUUGAGCUUGAUCGAUUCCGGUGUCAAGGUCUCCGACUUCACUCGGGCUUUGGGCGUUUCCAAUCCAUCGUACUACAGAUUCAUGGGUCAGAGCGGCCCAGACAAAGGCAGCGGCAGCGAAGUCUACUCGGAAGCUUUGCGUUAUUUCGCGAGCACGUUUCCCCAUGGCGAGAUGGACGAUGAACACACCUCACUGAUCUCAUCGGCCAAGCGCCCGAGGCGGUCCAUCUCUUCGUCAUCAAGUGCCGACUCGGAUGAUUAUCCGUCGAGACAAAGACCUUCCAUCUCACAUUCGUUCUCGAGCGCCACGUCUGCCGCUCAGGUGCCGUCGGGCCCUCCGAACGAGCUAUUCAACCCGAUCCCAGACAUCACCGGGAUCUCGGUUGAGAACGAGCUCUCCGAUUCGUUCGUGUCCCCCCUCAACUGCGACCAGAUCCGCGUCUUCAUCAACCAAUACUUUGAGAGCACAAAGGAAACUCAGGCCUCGUUUUUGCGGACGUUGAUGGCUCAGUAUCACACCGAAGACAAGAAGAUACAGAGCGUGCAACUGCAGCGCUUUAGAGGCAUGAGAGGCGAAACGGCCGGCGCCACGAACCCGGUGUUCUACGCUGCUGGCGUAUAUUUUGAGAAGUUGAGGAGAGGCAAGGAGAGAGAAAAGGAGCGCAAGGAGCGAGGUGAGCUCUAAUAUGUGAGAAUGGUCCUCCUGUGUGCAUGGAAACCGGGUGACCUCUCAAGCAUGGGACGGGAGUUUUUUUUUUUUUUCUUCUUUCU